AUGGCACACAUACCAACAUCCGCUGCCAUUUUUUCUCCAUCUGUCGCCCGUCUCGCCUCCUCUGCAGCCAAAGACUGGAAUUAUGUAGACAGCUGGCUGUCAUCCAUAUUUCCCAACCGUUCACCUCCACCCUUUGAGCGCAAUUCAGAGACGCUGAGGGCCCUCGUCACACUCUCAACUUUGAAUGAAAGCGUCGAUGAAGACUUCGGCCACGUUUCGAGCCUUGAAACGUUGGCGCUGCGGACGCUUUCCAAAGCCGAAGAAUAUGGCAACAGCGAACCAAAGGCCGUACAUAUGUCUCCGGUGUAUGCGGCAGGUAGAAUUGUUGCGGCUAUUGAGAGCGAACUGUCGCGUGAAGGGCACUUGGCGUUUGAUGCACUAGCUGCCACAUCCGUCGAGCUUGGAGUUGCUAUCCCAGUACCGACAGGAACAGGCCGUGAAUUUGCUCACCUGGACAUGUACCUAUUCCAGCUCGAGCAGGCUCUUUCGCGAACGGAGGUCCUUCAUGCGCACGUUGGUGACCAUUCCUCAAGGUUACGGAGCCGUUUUGAUGACCACGAGCGCGAUGGAUACAGGCCGUCGGCACCCCUGGCGAGACAAAACCUAGAGCUGCAACGCAAAAUAAAAACAGAAACCUCGCGUCUCCAAGACAUAAAAGACGCGCCCAGUGUCCAAGCCCAGCUUUCAAAACCCACGACUCUACAGCUCGAAGACGACGAGACGAUAUUUUUGAAACUCUCGGAAUACGACGAAGCUCUUUGCAAGCAAAUCAACGCCUUUAGAAAUCUCCCUCCUGAUACGGAGCUUGCCAAGCAGCAACUCGAGAUACUCCAGUCAGAGCUGCAAGCUGCUACGCAAAUACGUGACAAUAUGUUUGAAGGCUUGGUCGAGAAAGCCACGCCUAAACGUUCAAGAUGA